AUGCGCUACAGUGUAAAAUUGGCGGGUUAGUUAAUUUAUUUAGAGGGAAACUAAAUUCAUAUAUCUUUAUUUUUGUCCUACUUCUUUCUCGUGUUCUCCUCUAUCUCGCCCAAAUCACUCUUCCUCUGAUAGCUUCUCUCAUCUUUAUCAUGUUCAUUUUCUCUUACAUCUAGAUUCUAAUUAGUGUAGAGCUCAGCAAACGUGGCAGCAUCGAAGAAGCAGUAGUAGAGAAGAACGCUCCAAACCCCAAUGGUGAAGAAGACUAUUGGAGUUGUAGGAACCGAGUCUUUUCAGAGACCCAUUUGGAAAUGCUUCUCUUUUGAAGAAAUCUGUGAGGGCACCGAUGGUUUCAGCUCCGAUAAUUUGGUUGGAAAAGGAGGCUAUGUAGAGGUAUAUAAAGGAUUUUUGAGAAAUGGAGACGAAAUAGUUGUGAAAAGGCUCACGAAAACAGCUUCGGAUGAGAGAAAAGAGAAAGAGUUUUUGACUGAGAUUGGAACCAUUGGCCAUGUCCACCAUAGAAAUGUUUUAUCACUCCUUUGUUGUUGUAUUGACAGUGGUCUUUACCCCAUUUUCCAAUUCUCAUCCAUAGGAUCUGUUGCUUCUCUUCUCCAUGGUGAGAAUUUAACACCUAUGGAUUGGAAAACACAGUAUAACAUAGCCAUUGGUACCAUUUUCAUUUUCUUGAAGCUAAAGACAGCGAAAUACCGAAGCCAAGAUCUGAAAAAAAGAAAAGAAAAUAAAGGAAAGGGUCACACUACAAUACUCCAAUUUCAAUCCUCUUUAAGCCAUAACCUAAGGCCCUUCUCUUGCUCCGACUUAGCCCUUCACCUUCACAAUGAAUAAGCAACACGCUAACUGGUCCCCCUACGACAACAAUGGCAGAUCCUGUGUGGCAAUCGCAGGAGCCAAUUACUGUGUGAUCACUGCCGAUACUCGGAUGUCGACUGGUUAUAAUGUUCUUACUCGGGAUUACUCAAAAAUUUGUAAACUAUACGCUUCUCUCCCACUCUUAAUAGAUAUUUACUUGCUAAGAUUUCACCUAGGAGAGUUUUUUGAGUAGGAAACACAGGCUUUAGCCUGAACGAAUGCUUUACUAUACUUAUUGGACUGUUGGGUAAUGAUUAUAAUUAUUUCCUUGAAAAAGGGAUGUAGUGCGUUUGUGGUCGCCAAAUUCGUAUUUGAACUGUGGCAGCAGACUCAAUAUACUAAACAUUUAAUAUUUGGUUUAUGUAAAAAUAAAGUUGUAGUUCUGGGUUCCGUUUUACACUUUGUUGAGUGGAACCUCAUUUGGAUUAUUUGGUAGCAAGAUAUAUGUAUAUAUGUAUUUAUG